AUGACGGCAGCGCAGCACCACGAAGACGAAGAGCUGCCUCCAGCCGGCAACCCUGCCGAAGCAUCCAACAAGGAUGUUCCCCCUGCCAUCGCCGACUUUGUCGAUCGCUUCUACAAGAUCUCGGACACGCCCGACGUCCACGAACAGUAUGCGGACGAGUACUACAUUAACGACGAGGACCGUCUCAGCUUUCAAAUUGGUCCCAUGCAACCAACCAACAAGCGUGAUGGUAUCGUCGCGUGGAGGCAGAAGGGGUGGGAGGGUGUCACUCGCCGCAAGCACGUCGUCAAUGGGAUCUUUGUCAGUCCAAAGUGGGAGAACGAGAUCAUGCUCGAUGGCACCGUCGAGAUGGACAAGAAUGGCUCCACGCUUCGAUUCAACUGGGCCGGAAGAAUGGUGUUCGACCAGAAGAGCCUCGACGAAGGCUCGCCCAAGAUCGAAACCUACAAGGUGUGGCUGAGUCAAGAUUAG